AAUACCAUGAACACAGAACCUUCCCUUAAAGCUUAUUAUAUACAACAGCAACUACGAAGUAUUGAUGAAGAACACAGUUAUAAAAUUAUAAAGAGAAUUAAGUUGACUUGAAAGUCUACACGGGUCCCUUUCAAUACUUUUCAUUUCAAAGAAGAAAUUUACCGAUCUAUGUGUCCAUUUAUGUAUAAUUUCAAAUAUCAAUAAAAAUCGUUGUUCAAAAUAUCAACUCUAAAGUUUCCAACUACACAUCAUCACCAUGUCAAAACCUUUCUACUUGUUAUGUGCAUUAUUCUCCACCAUAUUCACGACAUGUUAUGCUGAUUCAUCACCAAUUUGUGCUUCUUCUGGUUGUGGUAAUGGAGUUCCCAUUAAGUACCCUUUCUGGAAACGUUCCGGCACCGCCGUCGGAGAAGUUUGCGGUUAUCCGGAUUUUGGUCUUGAAUGUUCAAAAAAAGGCUACCCUAUCCUCCAACUGGAAACUGACACAUACUAUGUUACAGACAUAAACUAUGUGAAUCAUUCAAUCACACUUGUUGACAUUGAUGUGAUGAAUGAUACAUGUCCAAGGGCAAAGAACACCGUUUCCAUAGGGAACAUACCUUUGUCUUUCAGUAAUUUGGAUAUGAACAUCACUUUCUACUUCAAUUGCAGUUCUCAGCCUUCAGUGGUUGGUGCCGUGCCUAUCAAGUGUUUGAUAAAUGGUCAGGGGAAGAAGUCUUAUGUGUUUGAGGUUGGAACGGAUAUUGGUGGUAGGACUUGGACUAACUCUUGUGAUGCUGAGGUUAUGGUGGCAGUGAAGCAUGAUCAGAUCGAAAGUGGUGAUUUGAUCAAUGGGUUUGGUGCAGCUAUGAACAAAGGGUUUGUUCUUGAUUGGAACAGAGCUGUGGAUUGUGCUGAGUGCGAGCUUUCUGAUGGGUAUUGUGCAUAUAAUGGAACUACUAGGCAAACCAUGUGCAUAUGCAAAGAUAGCAUAAUUGUUGCCGAAAGCUGUAAAAAAGCUGCAGGUAAACGCUGGACCAGACUAAAGAAAGUCAUUAUUGGUGCUACAACAGUUGCAGUAAUUGCAGGAUUGUUGAGUAUUUGUUACCUUACAUACAAGUUACCAAGAUGGCGAGAAAAAUAUAGCUUUCUGACAAAAGGUAACCAAGAUAUUGAAACUUUCUUAAAAAAUCAUGGCGUGUUAACUAUAAAAAGAUAUAAAUUCUCUGAUGUGAAAAAAAUGACCAACUCCUUCAAAGUUAAACUAGGACAAGGUGGUUUUGGUGUUGUAUACAAGGGAAAGUUAUCCGAUGGUUCUAAUGUGGCAGUCAAAAUGUUGAAUCCAUCCAAAGGAAAUGGUAGAGAGUUUAUCAAUGAAGUAGCUAGCAUUAGUAGAACUUCACAUGUUAAUGUUGUCACCCUUUUUGGAUUCUGCUUUGAAGGCCGCAAGAAAGUUCUUAUUUAUGAAUUUAUAUCAAAUGGUUCCCUUGACAAGUAUAUUUAUAGAAAGGAAGGAGUUGAAACUACUGCAUUGUUGAGUUGGGAUAGGCUGUAUCAAAUUGCCAAAGGGAUAGCUAGGGGGUUAGAGUACUUGCAUAGAGGAUGCAACACUCAAAUUUUACAUUUUGACAUAAAGCCACAUAAUAUUCUUUUGGAUGAAAAUUUUUGUCCUAAGAUAUCAGAUUUUGGACUAGCAAAACUUUGUCCUGGGAAGGAAAGUCUUAUUUCGAUGUCGGAUGCUAGAGGAACAAUAGGGUAUAUAGCUCCAGAAGUAUGGAAUAGACAUUUCGGCAAAGCUUCUCAUAAAUCUGAUGUUUAUAGUUACGGAAUGAUGCUUCUUGAUAUAGUGGGAGGAAAGAAGAACAUUAAUGUAGAAGGGAGUCAAACAAGUGAGAUAUAUUUCCCUGAUUGGAUAUACAAAAGGCUUGAACAAGGCACUCAAUUAGGGCCUGAAGAUGGAGUGGUGGCAAUAGAGGAAAAUGAAUUGGUUAAGAAAAUGACGAUUGUGGGUUUAUGGUGUAUUCAAACAAUUCCAAAUGAUAGACCUACAAUGAGUAAAGUUGUAGAAAUGUUAGAAGGCAGCAUAGAUUCCAUAAAAAUGCCACCAAGACCUGCUCUGUCUUCUCCUGUAAGAUCGAUUGCAGAAUCUUCUACUUUGUUGAAUUAGUAGUUUAGUACAUCACAUUAUAUUCAAAAGUUCGUCAUUGGGCACUAUGCACAU